UCUUAUUAAACAUCACAAAAAGCACAAUGAUAAUUAUGAGGAAGAAGUCUCAGAAAUAAAAUAUCGAGAGGAAAAUAUGCAAAUCCCAACAGCUCAGCUCACAUCUAAUGGAAAAUCACUAAAAGUUGGUGCUGAAUGGGAUAAAAAUCGUACUACAAUUGCGAAUUAUGUAUGUGAGAAAAUUCACGGAAUGCACCCACUGCCUCACCGAUUCCAACCUGAAGUCUAUCAAAAGUAUGAUAACCAGAAUUAUUAUGGCAAAAUCAGCGAGCCAUAUUUGUCUAAGAUGUUUACAUUGGUUAGGAGUGAAGUAUGGUUGUGUAAAUCAAUUAAUACGAAUCCAUACCAGUUCUACCGAGUGUUGAAUGAGAUGAUUGGUAGAGUUGAAAUCAAAGAGGUUGAAUAUGAGGAUUCAAUAGUCGCAUUGUCUUCAAUCAAUAUUGGAUCUGGAGGAGGAGAGAUUGUUACUAUCAGAUUCACUGAAAUUGGUAUUUUCUAUGUACACAACCAUAAUCGUUUAAGAGAAGAGCUGAAAUAUAAAUUGAUUCCAAGCAAUCCAAAAACAUCCUUCAUAGUACCAGAAGCUGGUCCAGAAAUCAAAGACAUGACAUACAUUUUGAAUGGGAAUUCAGUUUACAGAACAUUGAUAAAUCAUGAAGGGUAUGACAUCAGAGUUGGAUCUGCCGCUGUUACUGAUAUUGGAAGUUCUUCUGCUACUAGCAGAUGUAGGCGCCAUUCAGGAGCUUCAGAAGGAUUCAAUAUCGUAUUCAAGUUGAUAAUCAAUGAUGAAGUCUCGUUUUAUACCAGGGAGUUGAUAAGAUCAAACUAUGUGUAUUACUCGAAGAAACAAUCAACUGUAUGGCUAUGUGAUAUUGAAGGGAGUCAAACAGGAGAGCAAUUCUACAGAAUUGUGAAUAAGCUUGAUGUUCUAGUUCAAGUGCGUAUUAUUGAAUCUUUUGAUGGAAUAGAUAUUUUACAAACCGUGAUGGACGAUGGUUCUACAAUGAUUGAAAUUACCGAGUUAAAAUACAUAAGGAAAUCAAGGAAAAAUGCCGUGAGAUAUGAGGGAAAGAUUUCAUUCAUGGAUCAUGAAGUCACCAGUAAUGUUGUGGAUCCUUACGCAGUCACCAAGAGUAUAGAAGAAACAACCAUUCGGGUGGGUCUUCCUUUGCCCCUCAAACAUGAUAGAUACUUCAAUUUGCAUGACUUCGAUGGUGAGAUGUUGAAUAAUCUUGAAGAAAUUACAUUUGACAGCACAAAGGAGAAUACUAUUGCAUUCGCUGUCACAACAUCUCAGAUUGGGGAGAACGGAGAUAUUGUCGACUGCAGAUUGGUUGAUCAUGAUUCAAACUUAUAUCCAGACUUUGAAAUUCUUAACAACCAAAAUAAUGAAAUUGAUUCAAUGGAAAAUUUUGGAGACGCUGAAAAAUACUCACAGUAUAUGGAACGAGAUUCUUAUAAGAUCUGGUUAUGCGAAAAUCCUGAAAAAAAAUAUAAGUUCUACAGAACUCUGUCACAUCAACGUGUGAAGUCACAACCCUCUCAUCCACUUGGAAAAGUACGUUACACGAAGCACGAUAAGGUAAUUGUUGAAAUGGAGGCGCAAUAUGUGUUGAAAAUGGAAGCAAUUCGAUAUUUGGAUGAAAUCGACUAUAAUAGAAAAGCAGUGAAAUUUGGAGGCAGUAUAUCAUUUGUGGAGACAAUUCCAUCAAAAUCAUGGAAGAGUGGGAGUCAAGGAGUUAAAAUAUUCCCUGGAGGGGAUCCCAGAAAGAGAAUGAAAAUUGAACCUUCAAGGAAAUUCAACUACAAUUUGGAAAGAGAAAGAAAAAUUUACACUCUCCCAAAAAACUCAGACGGUACUCAACAGGGAGGAACCUUAGAGAUUGGUUCAAAAUGGCAGUCAAUUCACCCUAAGAAUGGAAUCGUUGAGUAAGUGAUUAUGUUAUUUCUCAAACCAAUUAUCAUCUUCGAUAUGUCUGGUAAGAGUACAU